AGUUCUUGAUGCCUCGUUAGUUGUUGAUGACACUUCAGUUUGGAAUGUUUAGAGUGCGCUCCGAGCUCGAUCGCGAUACGGACACUAGCCAGGAUAUACCUUAAAGUCGUUCGUUAACCAGUGCCAUCAUUUCUAUCAAGUGUUAUCAAGUGUCCUCCUCACAAUAUACUAUAUAUUUUUUUGUCGUGUUAAAAAACAAAAUAAAAUAAAAAAGAAACCCCGGUUAUCAAAGUGGCGGAGAAACGCAAAAGUUCUUCAACGCCGUCGCCGCCGCCCGCGCCGCAGCGUCGCAAAUCAAACGGUUCCUCACCUGGCGGCGGUUCCCCAUUACCAGCGGAGAUGACCACCUCGGGUCUGGGCUCGGUGGUAGCCGGCUCCGGAGCGAUAUCCUUGGAGCGUACGCCCACAAAGCGCAGCGAUAGGGAGCGGGAACGGGAAAGGGAACGGGAGCGGGAUAAUAGCAGUGGCUUGGGCAGCGCUGGAAGCCUGCCAGCAUCACCGCAGAGCGGUAUCACCGUCAGUCCCGCCUCACCGGCCACACCCUCUACGCCCAAACGGCCCCUAAGGACAUCGACGCCCUCCAUGGAGCGGGAAAGGAAUCGAGAUCAUGAGAGGAUACGAGAUCAUGAAAGGACUCGAGAUCAUGAGAGGACACGGGAUCACGAGAGGACUCGAGAUAAUGACAGAGAACGAGAGCGGGAAAGGGAGCGUGAGCGUGAGCGAGAGCGCGAAAGAUCCGCCAGGAUCUUUAGCACCGCCAGCACCACCGUGCCCACAAAUACCAGCUCCAGUGCGAGUGGUUUGGCGCCGGAACAGCUCCGCAUUCCGACGGGAGCUGCUGCCUUUAGUGGCUUUCCUGGUCUUCAUAGCAUGAGCAGCCUGAUGGUACCUUCAUCGGCAGCUGUAGCUGCCGCCGCUGCUGCCCCCUUCCUGCCCUGGUCACCUAUAUUGUUGCCGCCUUGGAGCCACGCCCUUUUGCCAGCCGCCUUCUAUCCGGCGGCCCUGCGAAAUGCUCUGCCAGGCCUCUUUGAUGCCAAGGUGCCCUCCUCGCAGCGUUCCGGCUUCCACAUAUCGGACAUCCUAAACCUGGAGGGUUCCGAACUGAAAAAUGCCGCCGCUGCGGCUGCCGCUGCUGCCCAGCAGCAGCAACAGCAUGUCAGCGAUCUGAGUGAAUCCACCAAUGGACAUGGUCAUCAUGGUGGACAUGGACACGGACACGGUGGACCCUCGUCGGCUCUGUCGCCCACGCCCGCUGCCGCUGGUUCCGGUGGAUCCGAAGACCAAAGCAGCGGUGCUGGAGCCGCGAAUGGUUCCAGCUCGGCGGGUUCAGAUCAUCAUACCACCGAGCAUCAUCAUCCGCAUGGCCAGCAAUUACCGCCAGCACAUACCCAGCAUCCAGCACACCCGCACGCGCAUCCACAUCUCCAUCAGCAGCACUCGCAUCCGCACCAACAGGCGAUCACUGCCUUGCCGCUGAGUCAUCAUCACCAGAGUGGUGGUGGAGGAGGAGUAGCAGGAGGAGUCGGAGGAGAUAGCCAUGCCCAGGCGGCGGCCCAUCUGCUGGCCAGUCAUAAUGCCGCCGCUGCUGCUGCCGUGGCCGCUGGCCAGUACCUGCCCAAUUUGCCCAAGAAUUUUGCUGGAAGCUUUGGGGACGAAAUGUCCUCGUAUCAUCACAUUACCCAGACGAUGCUCCAGCAUACGGGGAGGAGUGCGUGGAUCAAGGAGAAUGAGCUAUACGGCUCUCAACAACCAGCCAGUCCCGACAGCACCUCGCCAGUGACCUCGGAGGUCUCCUACACCUACAUUGGCUCCAAUUGCCAGACCUCCCCUGCCCUUUCUGGGGAUUACAAAAGCUAUAGCCGAUCGGCGGACAGUGAUGCUUUGUCUGUGGGCGAUGCCCUUAAUAGCCACACGCUACAUGGCGGCUCCUCUGGAGGCAGUGGUGGUGCUGGAGGACCGUCGGCGGCACAUGCCCUGCACAACAAUAACAACAAUACCACAAACAAUAACAACAACAACAAUAGUUUGAAGCACGAAGGGAUCAAUGGCGGAGGCGGUGCCAGUAGUGGUCAUGACGAUAGCUUAAACGAAGAUGGCAUCGAAGAGGAUAUCGAUGAUGUGGACGAUGCCGAUGGCAGUGGUGGAGGCGGUGGCACUGGUGCCGAUGGUCUACCCAACAAGAAGCGAAAGCGUAGAGUGCUCUUCACCAAAGCCCAGACCUAUGAGCUGGAACGAAGAUUCCGCCAGCAGAGAUAUCUGAGUGCACCGGAGAGAGAGCAUUUGGCCAGUUUGAUUCGGCUAACGCCGACGCAGGUGAAGAUCUGGUUCCAGAAUCAUCGCUACAAGACGAAGCGAGCUCAGAACGAGAAGGGUUACGAGGGACAUCCCGGCUUGUUGCACGGUCAUGCCACACAUCCGCAUCAUCCAUCAGCCCUGCCAUCACCGCGACGCGUUGCCGUGCCGGUACUGGUGAGGAAUGGUAAGCCCUGCUUGGGCGAUGGCUCCAAGCUGGGUCCCGACUGUGUCUCGGCCACGGCCACGGCCAUGCAGAAUGCAGCGGCUGCCCAUCAUUUGGUGGCUUUGAAUGGAGCGGCUGCCUAUCAGCAUGCAGCGGCAGCUGCCGCAGGAUUACAUGCCCAUGCCCAUGCUCAUGCCCAUGCUCAUCCACAUGCCCAGCGGGCCUGGUGGCCCUAAUAUUGUUAGGAUGGAUGGAGGAGAGAGCUGGGUGGUGGGCAGGAGCUGGGAUCUUUAGGGGGCCUGGAGCCACUCGAAUAGGUGGAUCGCACAGGGAUCCCUUGGUGCAAUAAAACAAAGAGAGAGAGAUAUAUAUAUAAAUGAGAGAGAAGAGAGAGGAGAGAGAGCAUAAAGAGAGCAGAGAGAGCGUGGAGAGAGCUCGGAUAGAGCUCAA